AUGGCAACCCCUGCACGACAAGAAGACGCAACAGCACAACGCUUUGUUCAAUUCAAACUAGUCCUUUUAGGCGAAAGUGCCGUUGGUAAAUCAUCUAUCGUACACAGAUUUGUCAAGAAUACAUUUGAUGAUGCAAGAGAAUCGACCAUUGGUGCAGCAUUCUUGACCCAAUCAAUCACAAUACCCGAGACACAAACGACUAUAAAAUUUGAGAUAUGGGAUACUGCAGGACAGGAGCGCUACAAAUCAUUGGCACCUAUGUACUAUCGAAAUGCCAACGCCGCGUUGUGCGUGUAUGAUAUUACAAGCCACAAUUCGUUUGCUAGGGCCCAAGACUGGAUCAAGGAGUUGAAGAAACAAGCACCCAGCGAGAUUGUCGUGGCUUUGGUGGGAAACAAAGUAGACUUGGAGGAUGCCAGAGAGGUACAACCGGAGGAAGUCGAUGAGUACAUUACUGAGUUGCAAAGCGAUGGGUUCAAGAUAAUCAGAGCCGAGUGUUCGGCCAAGAACGGCGAUGGGGUAGUGGAGCUUUUUGAAGCCAUAGGUAGAGCUUUGCCGGUGGAAGAGGUCCUUGCAGCCAACGCAAAUAGAUCAAGGCAAGGUGGUGAGCCUGGAGGCAGAAGACCCGGUGGGGUUGACUUAAACAGACCUAAACGAGCACAAGCUCAGAGCAAUUCAUGCUGCUAA